AUGGCAUAUGAGAGUGUUACGCGUAACGGUACAGGGUUUGCCCUCAGAGCCAAAGCCAAGGGUUCCAUGGCAAUGGUGAACAAAAGAGAUAUGGAAUAUUGGGAUAACGCAACCACAGUGACCGAGUUUGUGCUCGUGGGCCUCUCCAAACAGCCCCAAGUGCGUGCUGCCUUGUUUGUCCUCUUCUUGGUCAUGUAUGCAGUCGCCAUUGCUGGGAAUGGUCUCAUUGUGGUGCUAAUUGUGGUGGAUUCUCACCUCCACACCCCCAUGUAUUUCUUCCUCAGCAACCUCUCCUUCAUCGACAUCUCUUAUGUCACCACCACUGUCCCACAGAUGCUGGUGCACUGCUUCAAAGAGAAGCCCAUUAUACCUCUGGGCAACUGUUUUGCACAAAUGAACAUUGCUCUUUUUUUGGGAGUGGCAGAGUGCCUCUUACUGGCCGUCAUGGCUUAUGACCGCUUUGUGGCAAUAUGCAGCCCUCUACACUACAGUUUAAUCAUGAGCCGAAGGGUGUGCCUCAUGUUGGCAGUCGGCCUGUGCAUCAUCUCUUUCCUCCUGACCAUCGUACCCUAUCUAAGCAUGCCAGCAGCACGCUUGUGUGGCCGCAAUGUGGUGAAUCAUUUUACAUGUGAGCUCCAGGCAGUGCUGAAAUUGGCCUGCUCUGACACUCACACCAGUGGGCUUAGCAUGCUGAUCACAAGUGUGUUCACUCUUCUGUUCCCCUUUGCCUUCAUCCUGGUGACGUAUGGGCGCAUUGGUCUAGCUGUCCUGCGCAUCCGCUCAGCCCAGGGCCGGGGGAAAGCUUUGUCAACCUGUGGCUCUCAUUUGACUGUGGUGGGCAUUUUUUAUGGCACUGCCUUGGCUGCAUACCUGAAGCCUCAGGCCAAGACUUUCACAGAUACAGACAAAAUAGUGGCUGUUUUUUAUGCAGUCAUCGCUCCAAUGCUCAACCCCCUGAUCUACAGCCUGAGAAACAAGGAUGUGCAGGGAGCCUUAUGGAGGCUGAUAGGAGGAAAGCUUCCUUUGCCA